AUGCUCUUGGGUUGGGGUUUGAACCGACGCCUGAAACUUCUGUUCUACCUUCCCAGUGGAAGCUUGAGCUCAGUGCUACAUGGUGCUGGUAAGGGAGGAGCAGACUGGGAGGCUAGAUAUGAUGUUGUCUUAGGCGUGGCUCAGGUGCUUGCCUACUUGCACCACGACUGUGUGCCUGCUAUUUUGCAUGGUGAUGUCAAAGCCAUGAACAUGUUGUUGGGUCCUGGCUAUGAGCCUUAUCUUGCUGACUUUGGAUUAGCUGGGAUUGUGAAUAGCAUUGGUGAUGAUGACUUUUCUAAAACAAGCCAAAGGCCUCAAUUAACUGGUUCUUAUGGAUACAUGGCUCCAUGGAGGCAUCCAUUAGACCCAACUUUGCCAGGAGGUGCACAUUUAGUUCAAUGGAUUCGUGAGCACUUGGCAAGGAAACGAGAUCUGGUCGACAUCCUUGAUCAGAAGCUUAGGGGAAGAGCUAAUCCUACAAUGCACGAAAUGCUGCAAACACUAGCUGUGGUAUUCCUUUGUGUCAGUACUCGUGCUGAUGAUCGCCCAAUGAUGAAAGAUGUCGUAGCAAUGCUUACAGAAAUUCGACAUGUUGAGACUGCAAGGGGAGAACCAGAAUUGUUAAAGGGAGGAGGGUUGCAAUCAAUUUUGGCAUCCCCUCCUGCUAGGAAAGCAGUUUCACAAGGCUCUUCUAAUUGCUCCAUAGCUUUCUCUGAAGAUUCAAUGCAACGAGAAGUUAUGAACUUUCAUCCACUGUGCAUAUUAUCUUGGGAGAAUCAAAAUCCCAUAGAACAAGGAAGAAUAUAG